AUGCAAUUUCGCGCCAUUUUGUGAGAAUGAAAUAAUUUUUGUACCUUGUCCUUUUAUCGCUGUUUUCCUCUUCUUUCUGGAGUCUUGGAUUUUUUAAAUACUUCUUGAUAUGGCUAAAGUUAAUCUUUGUCAUGUUGAGAUCAAAGAAAAUCCUUCUCUCUUCCUCGAUCCGCUCGAAUUUGAAAUUUCGUUCGAGUGUUCAGAAGAGCUCAGCGAAGAUUUAGAAUUUAAGAUUAUCUACGUUGGGUCUGCUGAGUGCUGUGAUUAUGAUCAAGUACUUGAUUCAGUUCUUGUUGGACCAGUUCCUAUUGGACGACACAUGUUUCUCUUUAAGGCCAACCCACCAGACCCAUGUAAGGUGUUGGAUCAGGAUCUUAUAGGAGUUACCGUCAUACUACUAACAGGGUCAUACAGAGACAGAGAGUUUGUACGUGUUGGUUAUUAUGUAAACAAUGAUUAUGUUGACCCUGAAAUGAAAGAGAAUCCUCCAGCAAAACCAGUCAUAGAAAAGUUACAGAGAAACAUCCUGGUGUCAGAACCAAGAGUGACAAAAUUUCACAUAAAAUGGGACGAUUGAUGUACUAAACUAGUUCAUAUGUAUAUAUGUAUAUAUUGCAAUGUCAUUUGUGGUAUAUGAGAUUUAUAGACAUCUACUUAUUACAUUAAUGAGCUAUGUUGGAUACAAUGGGAACUAGUGGAGUGUAAGAUGCAGUUCCUCGUAGGUUUAUUCAUAGCAACAGUCUUUUUGCUUGUAAAGACAGGGACCACAGAGCAGAGGGUUGGGGGGAAAAGGCUUUAGCUGCCCCAAUAUGUUUUUUUCCCAUUUCUUUUGUAUUUUCUCCUUAAAAAUUGUGAAAAAGUAAGCUCUACCAUUAUUCUUGAAGUCCCUCAAAGUGAUGAAAAUAAUUACAUUUUUGAGGUUCAAAAUUUCAAAAAUUCUGGUUCCCCUACAUGAGCCAGUUGAAAGUGGUUGUUAGCCCUCCCAACAAAAWAUSUACUCUGUGGUCGUAGAAAGAUGUAGAAAAAUGAAGAAUGGACUUUUCUAGGUUUAUUCAUAACAAUAUACACAUACAGUCUUCAGAUAAUAAUAAUUGCUUAUAAGCUUUGCAAGAACUCAAUUUGCUUUCAAAGAAGUAGAAAAACAAAUAGCAAUGCAAUUUUUGCAUUGUAAAAUUGCAACCUACAUGUGAAAUACUCUGUAAAGUUGAAAUGCUGUCUUGAAAGGUAACCAUGCUCACUAUGAUAAAUGUAGCUACGUGUGAAUAAUCAAUGUCCUAGGUAUUUAAAAAGGUGUCUUAAGCUUGAACUACAGUGUAUAUCUUACUCUGAAGCAACGCUUGGCUGCUUUUCAUGAWGGUGCUGAUAGCUGUAAGAUUUAGUACUGUAUUACAAACCAAGGAACUAAAAUCAUUUAAGUGGCUUUCUUUCCCAAUCUGAUUUUUUUGGCACAUCAUCAGUGCAACCACAUAAAUUAUCAUAAGUUAUUAUUUACARUACAAUGUACAUUGUAAUCUUGUUAUCAAGUAGUUUGCACUUUUGCCAGUUUAAUGACAGAACUUUUACAUGAAAUCGUCACAUUGUACUAAAUCAAGCAAGCUGGAUGGCAAAAUUUGCGCUUGGACAUUCAAAACAAAGAAAGUUCAAGCUUGACAACCUGUGUUCCUUUUGUUUUUGAGGUUGUUUACAUUCAGUAUGUUGGAUUUAGUAUUGUCUGACGAUUUCAUGCCAAAUAUGAAACAAACUAUAGAGCUACACUACGAUAGCUUAAGGUAAGGUAAACUGAGGUGGCCUACACUACACUACAUGUACGUGUAUGUUCCAAAUUAUGAUGAAGUCACUUCUUUGAUAUUUAAUUCAAGAACCUUCUMAAGUUCUUUGGUUGUUAUUUCCACCUGGCUAUGACCCUCAACAACAACAGCAAAAAUGAAAUGUAAAUGAAGUUUAAGGCUGUCUUGAGUAAUGUUAAUAUUAAAWUUUUUUUAAUUAAAGUCUGUGUCACCUUAUUAA